AUGGCUGUCAGUGCCAGCGGGGAGCACACCUCUGUUUCCAGUCUGCUCGAUGAUCCAACCCUGACGCCCGCUGACAGUACUGUCAGCAGCCUCGACAUGCCGGUGACUCAUUUGAAAGGCCCUGAUUCUACCACUGCUACGAGCAGCGGCAGCAGCAGCAGAGCCCCGGUCCCUGCUGUUACUCUGGAGAAGAAGCGGCGGUGUGAGACGCCUCAACUGCAAGACAGCACUGAAGCGCCGCAGCAAGAUCAUCACUGCAGCAGCAAAAGAGCGCUGGUCCCGGCUGUUGCUCUAGAGAAGGAGCGGCGUGAGGCGCCUCAACUGCAAGACAGCACUGAAACGCCGCAGCAAGGUCACCGUUGCGGCAGCACGGGUGGGGGCGGAGGAGGAGGCAGCCUUCCGGCAAGGAAGAAGCAGAGGAAAGCAGCAGAGAUCGCGGCGGUGGCAGCGGCGGAAGUGGGUCCUUGUGGCGAGAUCAAUCAGCAGUGGCGGCAGACGCAGCCGCAGCAGCAGCAGCAGCAGCAGCAGGAGGAAGAGGAGGAGGUUGAAGAUGCUGCUGCUGAGGAGGCUGGUGAUUGUAACCAAGAGUUAGGAGGAAUCAAUGGGGAUCACAGGAGCAUUAGUAACGCAGCAGCACCAGCAGCAGCAGCAGCGGCAGCAGCAGCAACACCAGCACCAGCACUCACACGGCCAAUCUUUCAGCGCUGUUCCAUCUCCUUCUGUUUCCCCAACUCCCCUCUCCUCUGUCACUUCCGUUCAUGUUAA